AUGCCCGAUCUUCAGAGUAAUAUCCUUUACCUUCCCAGACUUGGCUGGUAUCUUCCCAUCUAUAUCGAUUACGCUUUGCUUGAAGGAAGGUACGAAAUUAAAUCAUCAACGGACUGAGCCAAAAUUGUAAAAUGUUUUCCAGACAUGCUGUGGCCAAGCACUUCUUCUUGGCAAUAAAUCUUCUGGCGGUUUCAAUCUGCGCUCCAUUGGCCUUACAUUUGACCCGUCAGUUCUACAGAUCCACUGUGAUCCAUCCAAGCCUCAAAUUGGUCUAUGUCGUCCAUUUUUGCACUUAUCAAGUUUUCUGCAUCUCUUCGAUUGUCUGUCUCAUUUACCAGGGCCAGUAUCUCAUCAUACCUAGUAGGUUUUUAGUUUCGAAAUUUGGUUUCCUACUGAACCUAGAAAUAAGUAUUGUUGGCGUCAUUGAACCCUUAUAACUCUACUGAAAGACAUAGUUAAAAUAUAAUCUGUUUUGUUUGAGGUCAGAGUGUUGUAAAAUAUAUCUUCCUGACCUUUUUGAACCUCAUUGAGAGAGAAAAGUUACAAAACGCCUUGUUUUUUUCAAGAAACUAACCUCAAAAAGAUUUCUCUCACUGAUGAGGAUUUUAGAAACAUUCCCGGAAGAUCUGCCGAUAACGAUUUUCGGUGCCCACAAAAUCGAGUAUCAGUGGUCGCAGGUCUUUUUCACCUUGGUGAUCGUAAUUGAGCGUUUCGUGGCGACAAUAAGGAUGCGAAAGUAUGAAAGGUCGAGGAAUAUCUCUCUCGGCGUUGUUCUUUGCCUUGUACAGGUUUUCCAUAAAAUGAUAAUUGACGUUAAAAAAAUCAUUUUCAGCAAGCUUUGGGCGGGUAUCUUGGAUACUUGUCGGUCACGAGUUCUCUGAACUUGUUUCUGAGUUUUUUUCUCCUUCUCUUUCUCAUAAUCCCAGUUUCCCUUGUAAGUGGACACAGAGAUUUUGUGGAAAAACACCGAAGUUUCAGGUCUUUGUUUAUAUUUACAAAUUCAACAAAUCUCAACUGGUCCGCGUGUUGUCCACGCCGUUCACGUUGAGUAUAAAAUAUCAGAUCAUCGAAAAUUUAUACGUUUUCAAGGUGAGUCCCUCUUUUGAAAUGAACCGAAAAUUUAAAAAAGGCCGUAGUCUCAGACUCUGAAUGAUAUAGUUGGACUAUCAGCGUUCUGCUUGUUCUCCACGAAUAUAUUGAUAGUUGCCAGCCGAUUUAUUGAUAUCGGGGGUCCGUACGGAUUCUGGCAAAUCAUCAUUUCCUUCCUCACCGAGCUGAUUUUUACAACGUUAGCAAUUUCUAAAGAUAAAUCAGAAGACGAGACAACUUCAGAACGCCAGUUCUUCUCAUCUGGCGACUCAAUAGGAACGAAUCGCUCAGGUUGCGUUUUCGCUACGUAAAAGUUGUACGUGGAGUUUUUAGAAAAAGCGUGAGAGGGAAAACGAUGGCGCGACAGCAGGAAGGAGCUGACCACUACUUCAAAGACUUGCAAGAGAGCUGGAAAUAA